AAGUGUCCGGGCUUUUAUUGUGAAGUGAACGGAAGUGCAAUCCUUCUCUUCCGCAGCUCACAGUGUUUCCUGCAGCAUGGCGGCAGCUACAACACCAGCGGCUCCGGAACACACAGUUCAAGCUCCUCUGUCCGGGCUCGAUGAUGGACCCCCGCACAUUGAGGGAUUCAACCCGUCCCACCUGACCCGAGACGAGACGUUCAGAGAGAAGCUCGAGAGGAAAACCAAAGAGAACCCGUUCGUCCCCAUAGGUUGUUUGGCCACAGCGGGAGCUCUGAUAUUUGGUCUCCGUUCCUUCCAACAAGGGAAUACCAGGCAUUCCCAGCUGCUGAUGAGGGGCCGCAUCGCUGCUCAGGGAUUCACUGUCUUUGCCAUUAUUGUUGGCGUCUUAUCCACGGCUCUGAGAACCAAGCAGUGAAGACCCCUUCCACACCUCGUGCCAUUAUUGAUUUCAAUUUACCACCACAGCACUUGCACACGAUCCAGAUCCAGCUAAGACCUGGACUGAUCAUAAUAUCUGCCUGAACUGAGCAAAGUACUGUUUUCAACAUUGUAUUUAUUGUUGUUUGAAAAUAACUCAUGGUGGCAAAAUUAUUUAUAUCAGAAUAUAACUAUGGAGAAACUAACUACAAUAUGAUUCUGACCGGACCGAGGAAGGAGGAUUUUUUAUUUAAUUGUGCUAUAAUAGUACUAAAGCAAAAAUUAUGAAUAAUAUAAAUGGUUUCUUGCUUCUUGUUUUGCCACUGAAAUGAUCUAUACAACACCUGCCGUUCUUCUGAUACAUAAAUGUUCCUUUCAACCUGGUGUCCUGUGUGUUUUUUGCAAUAAAACAUCACACUCACAACGGUUGUCUGGGGACGUCUAUUUCUUAAACAACCUUUAUUAAACAAGUCAUUUAAAAAAAAAAAAUCACAGGGGAGAUUUAAUGUGAAGUUUUUAUUUGAUUGGCUGAUUAAAACAUUAGGACUCUAGACAAAGACUGACCCAGUCUAAAUGUCCACUGUAGACUCUUGGACUUUUAAUGUCACAUUCAAGUCAUAGGGAAGGGAGGGCUCCAAAAAAAGUAUAAGGAAUGACACAGCACUUUGUGGAGUUACCUUAUCUAUGCAGAGGCAUUGUGGUGGCUAGCUAAGUGUGACUCAUGCAAAUAAAACAAAUGCAUCUUGCCUUCAAAGAAUAAGAACUAGACACGCCUUGCUCCUGUGCACUUGCAAAUUUGCACUUUUGGUCCAAUGAUUGUGUUUU